CCAUGGCCGACUUUGUCAAGGGACUCUUCGGCGCCCAGAAGCCCGUGGCGGCGCCCGCUGACGAUGGCGGUGCGUAGACGUCGCAUGCACUGCGCGACCCCCUCACCACCACGCGACCCAGCACUGACAUGUCCGCGCAGACUUCGCCGACUACGCUGCGGCGCCCGACCCGUCACCGAUAGACCACGUCUCGCUCACGACCGCGUCUAUCCCUGCGGCUGCGACAGACGCUGUCGGCCGCCCGUACACAAAAUGGUACCGCGUGUGGGAGCGCACGACGGCCGAGGACUUCAAGCUGGAGAUGUACAUCCUGCCCUUCCUAUUCGCCAUCAUUGUCCUGCACGUCUGGGGCACCCGGCGCAACCGCAGCAAGGCCCGCGCCUGGGCCAAGGCGCACGUGCCCGUGCUGCAGAACGAGUUCAUCCAGGUCGGCUACCUCAGGCCCGCUGCGGGCGCGAGCGGCGUGGGCGAGGACGAUCUCGCCGGCGCCCUGACCGAGGCCUCCAGGCUCGAGAAUGUCCUGCGCGAGAAGAAGGCCGACGAGUACACCACCUACGCCACGGGCCGCCAGAACGUCGCCUUCGUCGACCUCAAGCUGACCCUCGCCAAGCGCUUCAACCCCUUCCUGCGCUUCGGCGAGAGCAUCCUGCCGCUCUUCCUCGAGAGCUUCCCGCCCCCGCAGGAGCGCCUUGAGGCUACCGCGUACGUCUUCGAUGGCCAGGAGACCAAGAUCGCCCCGGUCUACGGCAAGACGGACGCCAAGAAGGUCCCCAACAGCUCCUUCGACGGCUUCGUCUUCGCUGUUGUGCACAAGGACAUCAUGAAGCGCCUGCGUGACGACCGCUACGACUUGUCCCUGACAACCACCCGCGACCACGCCAAGCUCCCCGUCUGGACCACUGUCAUGAGCGAGAGCGCCGAAGUCACCGACACCAUCCUGACCCCCGAGCUCAUCAAGGCCAUCCAGGACGCUGGCGAUGCCUUCGAGGCUCUCGUCGUCACUGACCAGCCCAUGGAUCAGCCCAAGACUCUCGACGACACCAAGCCUCGCAAGCGCAUCAACUUGUCUCUCAAGCUGCAAUCCUCCUACGAGUCCACACUCCCCGUCUUCACGCAAUUCCUUCGCCUCCCUGACCUCCUUGUAUCUGCGGCGCACUUCCGCCCCGAGGCCCUGCGCCGCAUCCGGCAGACACGCGAAGAGCAGAUUGGCAAGAUCCGCCGUCUCGAUGAGGAGGAGAAGGCUGAGGAGCGCAAGAUCGCCGCCGACAAGCUUAAGAAGGAACAGCGUGACGCCAAGCUCGGACGCCUCAGCGCCGAUGAGCAGCGCAAGUUCCUCGAGAAGGAGCGCGAGAAGAAGAGCAAGAAGGGCAUGAAGAAGAGCACUGUCAAGGCGUAGGAGGGCCCAGCGUUUGUUUGUGAGAGGCGUGAGCGUAACGUUCGAUAUCUCUGGAAGCUUGCUUUUGUGGCCUCUGGGGCUUGGGUUGUCGGGAAUUCGCAUGGCGCAGUGGCCGCGCUUUGGAUAAAUGGGUGGUAGAUCGCCGAGCAGCGACUCAUUUCUAGAGUGUAUGCUCGCAGCAGCAGAUGCAUACGGGGAAGUUCCGAAAAGUGAGAGUAAUCAAUAAGACUAAUCACUCAUGAUG